AUGGGUUGUAUUCUCUCUUGCUUAGCCUGCUGCUUUUGCAAUGCAGCAACAAGUGUGUGCUGCAAAUGUCUGCCGUCUUGCAAAAACUCCACUUUAACGAGAUUAUUUUAUGGGCUAGUUUUGCUUAUUGUCAUAACAUUCUCCUGCAUUUGUCUGAGUCCAGAAGUGGAGAAGCUCUUAAGAAAGAUACCGUCACUGUGCCCGGGUGGAUCAGAUGAUUUGUGCGGGCUAAUAACAGGAUACGGUGCGGUUUAUCGAAUGUGCUUUGCUCUCACCCUAUUUUUCUUUGUCUUCUCCCUCUGCAUGAUUAAUGUCAAAUCCUCCCACGACUUCCGAGCAGCGAUUCACAACGGGUUUUGGUUCUUCAAAAUAAUCGCUAUUGUGGGCAUUAUGAUUGGUGCCUUCUUUAUACGCGAUCCCAUGUUUCUCUAUAUCUGGAUGAUCUUCGGUCUGAUCGGUGCCGCCCUCCUUAUUCUCCUUCAACUCCUACUUCUGAUCGAUUUUGCACACUCCUGGAAUGAGAAGUGGACGGAGGCCUACAACGAAACCCAUCAUAGGGGCUACGCUUGCGGUCUCAUUUCCUCUACUGUCUUCUUUUACGCUAUUAGCAUCGCUGCAGCCGUUCUGUUCUACGUUUUCUUUGGCUCCUCUCCCUCUUGCCACCUGGGGAAAAUGCUCAUUAGCAUUAAUUUGAUCCUUUGUGUCACCUUGAGUGUCAUUUCAAUCCUACCUUUUGUUCAAGAAAACCUACCAUCCUCUGGCUUACUUCAGUCUUCAUUUAUCUCGGUGUAUAUCAUGUACCUCACCUGGUCAGCGCUGGUGAACAUCCCCGAGGUGGAGUGCAAUCCUACGCUGCGCACGAUUAACACCACCACAGUUGUGAACGGCAAGCCCGUGGUGGUGGUCACCGCCGACCUCAACUUCGGCUGGCAGACCGCCAUCUCUCUCUCCAUCCUUGUCUUCUCCGUCAUUUGGUCAAGCUUCCGCACCAGCUCGCAUAGUACUGUCGGCAGGCUUACCAUAGCGGAUACGCCAAACGCAGUGGACACGGAAACUGGGACAGGUCGCGGCGACCAAACGGUGUGGGACAACGAGAGCGAUGGAGUGGCCUACAGCUACGCCAUGUUUCACUUCAUGAUGCUGUUAGCCACGCUUUUCGUUAUGAUGUCCAUCACUAACUGGUACCAGCCGGACAAACACACUGCUCUACUUUCGGCCAAUAACGCGAGCUUCUGGGUCAAGGCAGUGAGCAGCUGGGCUUGUGUGGCCAUUUAUGUGUGGACUCUGGUCGCGCCUGCUGUCUUCCCUAAUCGGGAAUUUACUUAG